ACCGUCUUUCUUUCCAUAAUAUGAAUAUCUAAAGCUACUCCCCAUGGAAGCGCCUGCCAUAAGACCAUGGCCUGCACUUCACUGUUCUCACCCAAUUUCAUUCCCAUAUCCACCACAACACCUGCUAAACAUUUGGUUUCAUCCCACCCUUGUCUUUAUCCAUGUCGUUUUGUUCACUACUACAAUAGCAAGAGAGAAUUCCCACUGCCAGCAGUGGCUUCAAUCCCCUACCAGCCCAUCAAUGUGGACUACUUGGAGGGAGAAUUCAGUGGCCAUGGUGUCACCUUUGAAGGCAUUGGUGAUAGCUGCGUUGCCAAGAUGGGAUUGGAAAAUGGAAGCACUGCCACCUUGAUGCUGCCAAGUGGCUUAAUUUCAUCCUACAAGACUCCCAUGUGGCAUGGCGGCAUGGUUGAAUUGCUGCACACAUCAGUCUCUAAGGGGGAGAAUGGUGGAGCUGUCAUUCAAGGAGGGGUGUCUUUGGACUUUGAUUGUUGCAGUGAAGGCCAAGUUUCAUGGUCUCCGCACAAUUGGACUCUUCUUGGUGUAAAAGGCGAUGCUCAAGAAUCUAUUCAGGUAGAGCUGAUAAGCAGGGAUUUAGAGAACAUGGUUGAAGUAAAAUACAUUGUGACUCUCCAAGAAGAUAUCUUAAGCUCUGAGAUUGUAGUCUCCAACUCAAAGUCUUCAUUGCUGCAACUUAGGGGGUCCAUUGUAAGCCAUUUGACAGUGAGCACGCCUGAUGCUACAUAUGCAAUCGGGUUAGAAGGGUCAAAUUUCUUCAACAGGCCACCAUUUUUGACAAAUUUUGGAAUAAUCCCUCCAGACUUCGGCCAGAAAAAUGAAUCUGGUUUUGGCCAAUUAUGGGGUCAAAUGGCACUGAAAGGACCUUUGUCUGGCUGGGGUACAAGAAAUCCAAACGCAGAUGAGGCAGCAGAAAGCAGCCUAAGAGAAAGGGAAGAGGAAAUGGUGGGUGAAGAAGAUGACAACUAUAAGCACUUAACAGAAGAAUUGAGUCGGAUAUACACCAGUGCGCCCCGGAAUUUCACAGUCAUUGACAGGGGUAGAAGAAACUCAGUGGUGGUCGGAAGGGAUGGAUUUGAUGAACUAUACAUGUUCAGUCCUGGCUCAAGCUAUGAAUAUUACAGCACGUACUCUUAUGUAUGUGUUGGCCAAUCAGCCGUGCUUAAACCAAUAAUCGUGGGUCCUGAAGAACAUUGGAGAGGUGGGCAGCAGUUACACAACCCAAAUCUCUAAAUUAUUUAUAGGCAUGCCAUUGCUUUCAUGUUAUUUGCAGGCAGUAUCAAGGGUACAUCACUUUGUGCU